AUGCUUCUUGAAGUUCUAAAUGCUCUUCCGACUAUCUUACCCGACGACCUGGCUGCAGAAUUGUCAGCCUUCAUAUCACCAUCAUCAAGCACUGUCAUCCCGUACUACAUUCUCCUCAAGAUAUCCCAAUGGUCUCGCUCACCAGCAGGCCUCAAAGCCCUGCAAAGCUCUUCGCUAGAUCCUCAGUCUUAUUCCAUGGUCUCUCUGCUUGCUGGCACGCGAACAUCACCAGAAAAGAAGUUUCCUGCAUACCUAGCAAAAGAUCCAGAAACUGAGCGCCGGCAGGCAGCAAAUGACAAGAAGGCGGUGUCUACGGUCGUUAAUGGAGCCCUCAGCGUCGCUGGAACCGGGUUUGCAACAUGGUGGGCAAGUGAACGUACGGGCCUGCGCCUUGAAUGGAGAGCUUUGUUCGCAACAUCCGUUGCUCUCGUUGUUGCCCUUGCAGAAAUCAUUCUAUACAUGAUAUGGGACUCUCGUCGAUCAACCAAGAAAACCAAACGUGCUCCGCGCAUACUAUCAAGGAACGAGAUACUCGUAGAAGACUCGGAUAAAGCUGACAUAGUAGAUGCCACCGCAGCUUCUUCCAGCACAGACCCUCAUCACUCUGCAUUACGCCAACGCCUAGUUCAAUCUGCUUCCAUUCCUCACGACAGUUUGCGGGAGUAA